AUGUCAUCGACGGGCAUACGCCGCAUUCGCUCUAGUUCCGCCGAUCGCCGAUGGACGAGCGGCAGCAGCGACCACCACCACAACAACAACAACAAUGAUGUCCGAGUACUCCCGCCGGAUGUGGCUGCUGCACCCCAGCGGAAGUAUAAUGUGGACGAUGUCACAAGCCUCGAGAAGCACCGCCGCAUCUUUAGCAUGGAGAGGGAGCUGCAACACUGGAGGGAGCAGGCGGUGCUCGCCAUGCAGGACGCCAGUUACCGCGAGCAAGAGCUGCUACGCCGCAGAUCCGAGCACGCGGUGGUGCGGCAGGACCUUGAACGCGUUGUGCGGGAGUUGGUGGAGAAGCAGAAGGGCCUCACGGCGGAACUGCAGCAGUGUCGGCAGGAGGUGCAGUUUCUCCGCGAUGAUGCGGCUGCCAAGGACGCGGAAAUCACCACCGCUCACGCCACGCAGCAGCAGCUACAGCAGGAAGUGGAGGCAAGCCAACGCCGAGAGGCGGAGACGACGAGUGAGCUGUCGAUUGUCGUGGACAAGCUUGCCAAGGCGGACACGUACAUACAGACACUAUCCGACGAGGCAGUCGCGCGGCAGCUGGAGAUUGAGCAGCUCCGCGCCCAGCUUAGCGCCCGGGCGGAGGCAGCAGCAGGGGCAAAGGAGGCCGUGCGCAAGCGACAGGCCGCCAAAGGAAUGUGGUCACAGCUGACGGAGGCGGCGAUGGCAUGCGCCGACAGGUGCGACGAGAUGAGCCGCGAAUGCGAGGAGCUCAUCGACGUUGUGAGGGAAGAACAGAAGCAUAAUAGUCAGCACGACCCACUCGUCGCCAGUGGGGGCGCAGACGCCUUCCUACUGGAUGGGUCCGCGAAGAAGGACCGUUCGCAGCAGCAGCAGCAGCCGAAAGAGAAGCAGCGGUCACAUGUGGGGUUCAUAUCGUGCAAGCCAAGCGGAGAGGAGCUUGAGCGCCUUCUGCGUACAGCUCUGACCUCGCGACAGCGGCAGCAACAAGACAGAUGCAGCAGCGGCAGAAGCAGCAGCCUCGACAGACAUGUCGACGAGGAUGACAGCGGUGCGUGGGAGGGCACAGCGCUGGUUGUUGGCGAGCUGCUGCGCGGCAUGCGGCGAGCGCUGCUGUCGGCGCGGGACGACGUUCUCGUCGCAGGCCGCGCCUAC